AUGCCCCCCAGGAUUCCUGCCUGCCGCAGCGCAGUGCACCAUACCGUCCUCAGACAUGCGCAACCCAUCUGGAUCACCGAUGAUGUCCUCGCCGACGCCUUUCAUCGUUUCCUCAACGUCUCCGACGCGAACCGCAAGCGCUAUGGCAGCAACGUCCCAGGGCCAUUGGAGGCUCGGAGAAGAGCUUCGAGGAGGCGUAUGAUGGGUCUCGCGACCGCAGCCCCGGGAAUCGGCCCUGACAUUGGCGCAUUGUUCGGUGCGGACCAGCCGUUGCACCAGUCUUGGAGCUGGGAGCCUCCAAUGAAACCGGAGCAGUCGUUGAGCCGGGAAAAGCCACGACCUUCAGCUUUACCGAAAUGGCUGUCCAAUCACAAUGGUUCCGCUGGGAGAAAGCAGUCUCGUUUUUCAGAUCCUAUUGGAGAAUACAGCCACCGCCUUGCCGGCGUCCGCGAUACAACCGAAUUGGAAAGUCUCUGGUCGUAUAUUGGUGUUGAACCACAACAUACUGUUCUGUUCAGCCAAAUGGCCAUGACGCAUUUCCUAGCCAUACACAAGGAAUCACACGGAAUUAAAACACCCAACGCCCGCAUCGUCAGACCACAAACGCAAUCGCGCUACGGAAUGAUCUUUGCAUUCCUGCAGAACCCAAAGUUGAACGUCCCGGAAGCGCGAAACAUCAAAACCCUCAUUGAUUUCAAAAUCAGCGACGGCAUGCCGCUCCAACGCCUCGGCCAGCUCAUCAGCACGAUUCAAAACUCGCUCAGACUCGGAACAAUGUUACCCUCGGAGCUGCACGACAUCGUAGACAGCAUACCCCAGCUAUGUGCCACGGUCUGUCCGCAUCCUUCCAUGGUUAAUGACUGGCAAUUUGGAGCAUACCGGGCAAUAUGGUUGGGCAUGAAUUCCUGCAGACGCUUGCCAGUAGAUCAUUUCGACACUUCCAUCGUCCGCAAAAUAGUUGAAGCUGUGUUGGUCUUGGACACGCCCCCAAUACCACGAUGCGGCCCCCAUCCAGUCCAUACGCUCUUCCGCGUAGCUAUCUACCGACAUCUCUGGCCAACCAACAAUGAUGCGAGGUCACACGGUAUUGCAGCACAUCUCGCCAUAUGGGUCCAAAGGCUGGGAAAACUAGGCAUAUCCGGCUCCACGUGCACGUCAGACGGACUGGGCUGGCACGUCAUCAAAAGCGUGUUAGAAUCCAUGAGCUCAAGAAGAGCGCGAGAAGUCAUGCAAGAGACUCUUACACUACUCCUACCUUUGGGAAAAGGCGUUGCCCUGGAUGAAGGGAUGCAGAAUACCCUUCGGCUCUGGUUCUCUUGCAUCUCCCAAACUUGUCAUGUUUGUCCUUACGCAGAUCGCCAUCUUGCCGUCGUUGCGCCAAACCAUGAGAUUGCUCGCCGCUUCGACCCGGUUUUGGCCAUUGCCUAUUUUGAGCUUUUCUCCAUGGACCAAAUCUGUCAAUUCUGGAUGCAUUUUUGGGUACCGCAAUACGUCGGCCAAGACAUGGGGGCCAAAAAGCGAAAGCUUCGGGCGGACAAGCUACAGAGUGCCUAUAAAAAGCGGAUAGAGCAAUCAGACGCCACCGAGGAUCCGAGGGUCACCAGUUUCUUCAAUGUCAUUAUGGUUCUGAAAGAUCAAAACUUACCUUACCAGACGACACUUUCGAAGGCCGUAGAGCUCAUACUAGCCAUGCACGGCCCUGACGUUGCGCAUGAACUGUACACAAGACUAGUCCUUGCCCGAGUCCCCAUCGACCGCCGCGCCGCCGCAGCCGUGAUCGAAGCAAUGAGCGACGAGAACCCUCGCAAAGCGCUAAAGUUCUUCAGAGCCAUCGGCGACGUCUGGCUCAGCCUCUGCCCGCGGCUGGUCCUCGCGCUCAUCGAGCACGGCUCCCUCCCGCGCGACGAGCUCUUCGCCCUGCUCGACCACAACGACCCCCUCGCGCGCGUGCCGCCCGAGCACCGCCGCACGCUGACCGACAGCACCUCUGCGCUCCGCCUCGAGCUCGUCCACCUCGUCGCGCACGCCUACGCCGGCCAGACGGCGUACCCGACGCGCCACCGCUUCCGCAACGUCCACUACUGCUACCUCUGGCUGCGCGACCGCCGCGCGCCGCUGCUGCCCCUCCUCUCCAAGGCCCUCGUCCGCGCCGGCGUCACCGCCCCGCUCGAGAACAACGAGUGGGUCUCGACCGUCCGCCUGCGCUGGGUCCUGCGCCUCGUCCGCGAGAUCGAGGGCGCCGACGUCGCCGCCUCCCUCGACCGCCUCGUCUGGCACUGGCGCGGCGAGGUCAUCCGCGAGGCCCGCCGCCGCUGGGACAGCGCCGGCCUGUUUGCCCGCUUCGGCCCCUCCACCGUCGGCAUGGCGCGCCGCGCGGGGUUGUUCGCGGACGAUUUUCCGUCGUGGCGCAGGUGCUACCGCAAGGUCGUCGUCAAUGCGGGGUUCCUCGCGCCCAAGUGCGUGCGCAGGCCGAGGUUCAAGAUGAGGGGGUCGAGGAGGGAGGGGAGGAGGCUGUGGGGUGGUCUGGAUAGGAGGCUGGGUGGGAAGGGGGAUUCGGAGUGGAAGUACAGUCCGUGGAAGUGGAGGCAGGAGGAGGCGUAUUGA